GAAGAUGUAACUAGUGAUUGGGCCUGAAAAUAUUUAACCUUUGUAUUGUAAAGCAUUUCGACUCUGACAAGUUUUAUCGGUGGCAUUAUGGCCGGUAUAAGGAGGAUGAAUGGGAAGUAUUCUGGUGUUAAUCCAGCUGUAAGCUGCUGUCGGCUGCGCCAGAUCCAGUCUUUGCUCUGUGGUGAAACUGCAACUCCAGAUGGAAUACUGUGUUCUCUUGGAAUUGAUAGCCGAUAUAAUGAAGGAUGCACAGAGCUUGCCAAAUACCUGUUUUAUGGACUAUAUGGGAGAAAACAGUCCAGUCUCGAUCAUACUAGUGGGGAUUUUUCUGAGGAGAUGCUUGAUGACGUCAUCCUGUUGAUUAAGUCGGAGGGUGUUCAUCUUUACUGCAACCCUCUGAAUUAUAACUACCUUUUGCCCUAUAUCUCUCACUGGAGGAACCUGCAUCUCUAUUGCAUGACAGAAUCAGAGUAUGAGGAUGAGGAAGCUGCAGAGGAAUUUAAAAUCUCCAGUUUUGUUACUAUGGUGCAAGACUGUUACAAUAUUGGAGUACCUUACAGCUCAAGAGGACAUGUUCAAAAAUUUGAUAUGUUCAUGGUUGAAAAAAUGCCAUUAAUUCAGGCAUUUGCUCUGGAAGGCAUUGGUGGAGGGCUUCUUACCUUAAAAUUCAAGCUUAUUGACAUGAGUGAGAAAUUGUGGGAGGUGUAUAACAAACUGGACCCAGUGUCUCUUGAGCAUUUUCUUUCAGAGGACCUGGUCACAUUUGAGAAGCAGUGGAGCAGUUUCUUCUCCAGCAUGGACCUGGAGAGCCAUUUGUCCAUCCUGGAGCUGUCUGAAGCUCAGGCAGGAGAGUCGUUUCGAACAUACUAUUCCCAUGGACUUAUCUCAAGCAAUAUUACAGAUAAAAGUAAAAAUCAGCAGCCCUUUGUACUAUUUGGAAGACACAGUUCAUCUGAGGAUUUUGAAAACUACUCAUUCAACUUUCCUUCAGAGAGUCACCAGGUCCGCAACACAGGGCCCCAGGGCUCUACUGCUAGACAGAUGGUUCUACAGUGUGUGGCACCUAAAGGACCUCUUUCCUGCUCAAGGACUUAUUUCUUUGGGACAACACACACCCCAUUCCUUGGAUAUGAAAACACACAACAGAAGAACUCUGAGGUUUUAGUUUUGUCCCAGAUUUAUGCAGCAGUUGUUCAGGCUGUCCUAUCAGGGAUCAAGUGCUACUCAUCCACCUCUAGUCUGACUAAAGCUAAGGAUGUGGCAGAAAACACAUUUCUGUUGGCUUUAGACUCCAUGAAUUUAUGUCAAUACCGUACUGCUCUGAGGUCUAAAUGUGAAUUCAAUAUUCAGGCAGUGGACAGCGAUGGAAGAGUGAGACCACUGGACGAUGAUGGCAGUAGUUACUUAGUGAAAAUGGCCUCGAUGACAGUGCACAACAUCCCAGAUCUGCAGUGGGACAGGGGCGAUAUGGGCUCUGUCAUCUUCUCUGAAUCCUUCCUGGAGUCCAGCAUCAACAUUCAGCAGAAAGAUGGCACUGUGUCCUCAGAUAGCUGCUACACUGUUCUCACAACGUCUGUGCCUUGCUAUGCCUGCUGGCAGCUGGAAGCUGAUGUCAAACAAUCUGAAGAAGCACAAAAUCUCACAAAGAAAGAAGGCGGCUGUCUGGGGACUGCUCUGACUGCUGCAGAUGCUGCAUAUGUGCACUCCAGCAGUAAUCUCUCCACACCUGAAGAAGGGAAGAUUGUUUUCUUCUCUGAGGGGCUCUUGUUCAUCCACUCUCAAUAUGGAAGUAUCACUAUUUCAAGAGAUCACAUAAGCUCAAUCAAGCUAUAUGACUCAGACUCCAGUUCUUUAGCCUCUCUGUUUGUGGAGUAUGAAAAAACGCUGCUUCCAUACCUCCCAUUUCCUCUGCACAGCUCAGACCAGUGUCUGGUGUUUGCUCUGCAGCCUCGUUCCAAGAGCCACAAAGCCUUUUACUCCAAGGUUUUACCUGUUUGGCAAAACUCAGAUUUUGGAUUGACUCUACAGAUUGUGGAUCAGGAACAGUUGGUUUGGAACCAAACAAACAUGCACUGCAGACUCCAGAAGCUGCACGACAGUCAGGAGCCCCCAGUGGCCAAACGCAGAGGAAACAUGAAGACUUCAUGCUCUCAGCUGCCAGAGCUGGACAUGUUUCUACAGCACUUUGCCUUAAGUAGCAUUAGUCAUGAGCCCAUUUUGAAUGAUCACCUGGGGGCACUCUUCCCCUCCACUGAGCUGAGGAAACCAGUCAAGAGCCAAGGAGACAAGGUUGUCAUUACCAUCAUCACUGGACUGCCCGGGAGCCAUAAAACUAGACUUGGUCAAUUUCUGGUGAACUUCAGCAAAGAACGUGGAAGGUGGGUGGUAUAUGAGGAUGGUUCUGACAGCUGCGACCGUUUCUCAGCCUCUCACCUCCAGCAGUUCUUGUCUGGUUUCCUGGAGAGCCACCCAGGCCUGAGAGGCAAAGCCCGUCUGCUGCUGCUCUCACCUGGUUACACAGAUGUUUUGGAUGUGAUCCAGGCCAUUCUGUUCCACCCUGAUCCGGCCGCCCAAGCAUGUUUCACCAUAGGCGCAGUCACUGCCUGCAUUGACCCCUUAGCCUCCUGCAUGGAGCACAGGUUUGCCUUUCCCAAACUCUUGGAGCAAUGCAGCCAAGGUAUUGUGAGUACAGUGGUGUUCACCAGUCUGACAGCGGAGCAGAAGCACCCUCUCCUGCAGCAUGUUCAGCAGCUGGUACGCUCUGCCAACCCCACCGCUGCCUUCAUCCUGGCUGAGAAAGGAGCUGUCACCAGGACUGAAGAUGUGAAUGUGAUAUUGUCAGACAGCAGUUUUAAUGAAGCACAGAUGCUGAGAGCGCGUUACGUCCUCUAUCCCGGCUGGUGCAAAGGGCGGUUCUUCACUGGUGCUGGGUCUGUGGUCCUCUCACAACGGCGGCUGGUAUUCACUCGGCCCCUGGAGAGGCCUUUAUUUGUCGCCCGCUGCAAAGCGUUAAAAUCAUCUUUGAAACCUAGCCCUUUCCAUGGAAAUGUCUACAAUAUUUCAGGCAGAAUGUGCUUUUCUGACUCCGACCAAACCAUGGAGGUGACUUAUAACACAGUGAGCGGGACCCUCUGUGUUGUCCCAGCCAGCGGCCCCCAGACCACUUCCUGUUUCCUGGUCUUUGAUGGUGUGGGCCUGACUGAAGAUGGACUAAAGGACUGGCUCCGUCUGUGCACCAAGCAGAAACCCAUAAUGAAGGCCAAAAAGACCAAAGCCAGCCUCACUUCACAAGAAAUCAACAAAAUACAUGCAGCAAGGCAUCUGGAUCCAUUACCAGCAGGAUACUUCUACAAUGGUUACCAGUAUGUGAACUUCUUUGGGGAGAAAAGAAACCUACAUCCAAACAUGGACCAGUUUAUUGACGAGUACAUAGCUGAAGCCAACAAAGAAAUCGAGUAUUUCAACCAAGAGCUGGAGUUACACCCUCUGCCAGACCUGUUUGACCCAUGAAUGAACUGUCCGUAUGUUCAUCACUUCUACACCAGAAACACUGUGGGAGGGGCAAGGGCAAGUGGGGCUCAUAUCAUACACUCUACAUUCCUCCCAAAUGUCCAAGUGCACUGGCAGCUGCAAGGGCCCAUCCAUUAUUAUCAGCUACGUCACUUUGUAUUUCCCAUUUGGUGCCAGUAAAAAAAAAAGUUAAACGCCGCUUAGUUUCAAUUACAUCACCCUUCAAGAGGCAGCUGACACAUUGAGAUUGCAUUUGUCGACUUGAAGAGGGAAAUCGAUGUAGUUCUUGUAGGUACAGACAAGUUAUGAGUUAUUACAAGUGGAGACAAAUGUAAUAUUGCUCAACUAUGACACCAGGCUGUAAGUUACAAGAAGAGGUGGGUAGAAUAGUUAAGUAGCAGUGUUCAAAAUAAUAAUACUCCUACUCUUCCUCUUAAAAGUGCACUAUGUAACUUUUCUAGUAUCUAGUAUUGUAUUAAACGUGUCUAUCUUGCGCAAAAAAUAUCUUGAAAAACAUGAACUUUUACUGUGAGUGAAGUUGCUUCUCCACAAAUCUGACCUUCACAGAUCACAGUUUCAUGCUUGUCUCUAAAGAGAUGACUAUAUUUUGGAACAGUCUAGGCAAAACAAUAACAUCUUCAUGUAGACAAGCAGGUGCCUGACCGUCAAAAAUGUUACACAGUGUACCUUUAAAAACAGAAUUUACAGAAGUUACUAAAGUUUAUAUAAUAUAGAAAAUGCAUCUUAUUAAGGUUCAUGAAUCUUGCACAAUUCUGAGGAAUUUCCUUGCAGCUUUCUGUUUAUCCCAGUUGGCAAAUUAAAGUGUCUAUUUUGGGCUUGGCUUGGAUGGACGUGUGAUACUUGGUGGACUCCCUCAUGGGUUUUCUCAAGAAGCCCUCCUCCUUCUCCUUUUGUUGUCACCCAAUCCGGGCCCCACCUGUUAGCUUGUCUGCGUGCCACGGCAAAGGCAGCAGUGGGCCUGGGAGCACGAUAAACACUGCACAGACUACUGCUCUUGGAUGACAAUUGACGAACGCUAACAUUAAUCACAUCGCGCUCUUUAUUUUAAGGCUCCUAAAGUGAAACUAAUGGAAGUGCAAUAAAGCAGACAUGACUCCCCGAAGCCAAGUGUCACAGCAGCUGCGGCCGUCCAGUUACAUGUUACAUCACCGCAAUGCGAGCAAGGGUCCAAGUAUUUAGUAGUCUAUAAAGAUGAACAUUAAUUUAACAAGACAUUUAAAUCACAGCAUAAAUUUAUCGCGUUUAGUUUCUCUUAAUGGACAUGUUUACAUGCAUACCAAAAAUCUCAUUAUUAUCUGAUUUCUGAUUUCAGUUACAUCUGAUGUGAGUAAUCUGAUUUCUUUCUCAUUGUUCACACUUCUACAGGUUUUCACAAGAACUAUUGCGCAAAAAAUAAUAAUUUGUAAAUGACAAAAAUGAAAGUGAUUUUUUUUUUUAAAUUGCACUUAAAAUACAAGAGUUGCAGUAAAAGUGCAUUGAUUAACAGACACUUAUCACAGGCAUUUUUUGAUGAUCAGAUUUCUUUUGUGCGUGUAAACACAAACCAAAAAAUAGUUAUUCUGUAAUGUACCCACUGUUCUGAGCAUCAUAGCAAGCAGUUCAGUUAUAUCAAAUUAUAUUAUUUACUAUGCUCAGAACAUACAUUUCUGUUUGUUGUUGUUCAAGUUUUGCCCUAGUUUGGAUGAAUCUGAUGAAUUUGAGUUUAUUUAGACUUCGGAGUGUCUGCAAUCUUUUUGUGGCAACUGGUACAAAGUUGCAUAAAUCCAGAUGUGUGCUGUGGACUGUAGGAGUUGGAGUUAACUGUUUUGAGUUUGUCUUCCUUCCGUUACAAAUUCCAGGAGAGGUUAAAAACAACAACAGCUAGAAUGAUUUUCUGCAGAAGUUUUAUAUUAAUUAGAUUUUUUAAGUGGUUCAUUAUUACUUUAAUCUUUAUAGAUUCAGCAUUUAUCCAACAGUAAACAUUUACUUUGCCAUAGCUCUCACACAUAUUAUUGACUAUGCAUUGUCUUAUUAAAGCCUUUCUCUAAAAAGAAAAAAACAAACAAACAUUGUAAUAUAGUAUAUAAAAGAUAUUUAAAAGAAAUUUCAGAUGUUUGUAAGUAAUACAUUAGUUAAAGUUAAAUUUGAAAACUAUAUGUCACGUCCAGAGGUUAGUUGAUUUCUUCAAAAUGAAUGAAAAUCUAUGAAAAUAUAAUUGUUUGGGGAGCGGUGUUUUAAGCCUCAGUAUCUGUCAACAGCUCCUAAAGACAUUUUAAUGAAUAGGAUUAUUUCCAGUGAGAGACUAUUUCCGUCAGUAGACCUCUCAAAUCAAGCCAUAGUCACAUGCCCCACUGUCUUUUAGCUAAAUAAGAUUGACACUACUUUGAAAUGUGUUUUUUAGCAUUUAAAGAGGAGUCCACAAACAGACUGACCUUAAAGUCCAUGUUCACCUUUUUAUUUUACUUAAUGUUUUUCUAAGAAGUGCAAUUCCUUGUUUUUAUGCACUCUCUUAAACUGUACCCUCAAAUAGAUCUGUAAGGACAAAGAGACAAAUGAGCUGCUAGAUUCUCAGUCUUUCACAGCUUGGAGUAUGGAUUUACUCACAAGACCUAAAAAUAUUGAAGCCGUUUUAAAACAAGCAGUGAUUCGGUAGACAUACAUUAACACUACACAUGUAUUAAACCAAACUAGAGCGAGACAUGACAAUAUGAAACAGAUAUCUUAAGAUCUAAGCUAAGAUCUAUAGCUGGAUGCAGUGUGGCUUUCCAUCCAGUUGCGCAAUACUUUGGGGAUAUUCUUUGAUUGACAUUGCAAAGAGCUGUAAGACAUAUACGAGAUGGGGGUGUCUUCACUAACAGCUAACGUUGACCAAAAUACAAGUCCCUUAAGACCAUGGGAUUGUGUAAGAUGCCACUAACACAUACUAUUCACUGUGUGCUAUUAAAUGUAAGGGUACUACUAGAUGUGCACAGAUCUGGCAUAACUUUAUAACGAUGAUAUGAUUUUUAUGGUACGUGUUAAAGAGGGAGUUUUUUAUUCCAAUAGUUUCUCUAAAAAUGAGUGAAUUUUACAUAAGUUCUGUUUUGAACUGAGCAUCUCUAGAACUGUCUGCAAUGGUCACUAUCAGUGUAAGGAACUCUUAUGUCUUAUCUCUAUAGGCUAACACUAUUUUGCAUGUUACAAAUAGAAUAACAAAUACACUAUGUACUUUGUAUAUAUCCUACCUUUGCCUUUCACCAACAUAGAGUAAACACGUCUAUUUUAAAUUACCUCAAAACAGAGUAUUUUUAUAAAACUGUGAAUUCGCACAAGUUACACAAAAACAAAGAAGAUGCAAUUUUUAAAUCAACAAGAGGAUCUGAUUGGGCUCAAAUCGGGUUUCUCUGAUCCAGCAGUGCCUCUGCAACAGACUGAAGGAUCAAGUGUUGGUGAAAGGAAAUCGCGUUUUUACUUUUGACAGCGGGUUAAGUAGACCAGUAAACUCACGGGCCACUGGAGGGCUCAAGAUUAUUCGGGUACUGAAUGGACCAAAUAAUGGCUGGAUAUCAGGAGUACAAAAAUACAGCUACAGUUAGUGGUUAAGUGUCAGAUAUCAACUUUACCAUUAAUAAUUAUAGCAAUAGGUGCACAGCAGCACACUAGCUAGCUCACUGUGUCCCAAAGCUAACAGUCACUUUUAUUAAAAUUGGAAAACAUAAUAUAAAAAUAUAAACAACCUGUUAAAAUUCUAAUUAAAGGGACUCUCCAAUUAUUUUAUAUGUAGAAUACCUCAGUUUGUGGUGUUCUAAUAUUUAUUAUGCCUUAAAAUUAGCAUUAGCAUCAGCACUGAGACAUAAACAUCCGUCUUUCUAAACCCAGAAGUGUCUUCUGAUGUAAUACCAGUAUAAAUUUUAUUUGUGUGAGUUUUAACAUGUUGUCUGUGACAUCCACCUGUAGCUCCCUGUCCACUGCCUUAUCUUUAAAUAUGUAUUCAUUUAAGUGUGACUCAACAAAAAUCUCAGAUUUAAAACUGGACAGGAAGUAGUGACGCUAACAGUGAGGUCGCUGGGCGCUACUGUGCACAGAGCCAAUUUAUGACAUAAGAUUUCUAUAGGUUUAUAUUUGUACAAAUACGUUUGAUAUCCAGUCUAGAGAGAUUCAAAACCAGCAUUAGAUAUACAUGUGAUUGAACUAAUGUAACAUUUGACCCAUGUAUAUUUCACAUUGGGGUCCCUCUGAGCCCUCCACAGCCUCUUUACCUGGCUCUGCACCACACUCUGUCAAACUUGUCCUCACCUGUAUGUGGACAGACUUCUGUAGCUGAUGUUAUGGGACUAAAACAAGUUUGGUGAAAAUAUAUGUACUGCAUAGAGGAAACAGCAGUGAUUGUUAUCCAGUGGGGAAUUUUCUUGUGUUGGUAAGCUUUUGAAACAAUGUGGAGUUUUGUUAAUAAGCCUGUAUGGUACUUUUUGAGGAAAUGGUUGAUUUAAGAAGUGACCAAAUAUCUAUCUAAUAACUAUCUCUAAAAACCUCAGGGGACUAUUGAUUGUAAAUGGCUGAUCUGUCUUAUUGAGGUCCAAAGGGAACAAAAAAGUAAUGUACAAAUAUGUUAUACCUGAUACUAUACAGUUUAGCAUUUGCUGUUAAAAUGAUUGAUAGCAGGAUUAGAUUUGGGACAAAAUCAAACUGCUCAUGUCUUCUCCUCUAUAACUUCAGACCGUCCGAAGUACCAGGACAAUAUUCACUUUUAAUGAUCUCUAUUGUGAAGAAAAUGUGACAUUUUGACCUUCACAUGUUCAGAUCGAGGGAACCGGCUCAAAUGCUUUUGCACAAAUACUACUGUAACUUGUGUUUUUCCUGUGACUGAAGCUUUUAUAAUCUGUCCUAUUUAUUGACUCACAUUAUUCCAUUAAAUAUUUAUA